UCCGCAACGCAGAAUCGAAGUUAGACACAGAAGAACGAUCCGUAGCUGAAUUCACGCUCUCUGUUUGGCCUUCUGGCCACAUGCUGUUCCACCGUUCUCUAUCGGAAUACGCACAGUGAGUUGUCAAUUGCGCCGGCCGAUUGCAGCCAGAGCGAGAAUUCUACCGAGUGUGCAACGAAGAACGUGCGGGACAUUGAAGGCAGAAGCAAUGAAGCAGCGUCGGCAAAAGAAGUUAAGAUGAUUAGGUUAAAAGAAUUGGAGAAUAAUGAUGUUGCGGUCGAAGAAGGACGGAGGAAGAAGAACAAAGGAUACGGUCAGAUGUUGAUGUACUUUUUAGGAGCGUCGAAACUGACUAUGCUUUAUGUACUAGUGAAUGCUGUCGCUGCAAUUGCUGGAAAGGCUCUGAUUGUUGGUAAAGUGGCUCUAGCAAUUGCAACAGCGAUUGCAUUAAAAAAAGCGUUUGAACAUAAAGAGAAAGUAUCGUACGAGAUAAUUAAACAUCCGUAUCACAGCUCCGAGCAUAGUUACAGCACGGGUAUAGAAUACGAUCAUCACGGUGGAUACGGCGAAAAUAAUUUCAACUAUCGGAAACGACGAAGGAUUCUCCACUAGGAGAUCGAACGACUGAGAUUCAAA